AUGGACAACCUACCAGUGGAGCUAGUGCUCGAGAUCGUGGAGUCCUGCCCACGAAACGACCUCCCCAGUCUUUGCCUUACCGCGAGAUUCUUGUACGCCAUCGGCAACCCGAUCCUUUACAAGCACGUCGAUCUCAGCAUCCACAACCGCGGCCAGGUCAUGAUCCGGCCAACGGACGGCUUUUCUCAGUCUUCCGACAGCUACUGGUGUACACAGGUACCAGCAGGGUCGCUCUUAAGGCAGGAGAGUUUUAUUGCAGCAGUCUUGGGGAAUCCGGGGCUGGCUACGCUGGUGAAAUCCUUCACUUGGACUCUGCUGCGACCACACACCAAAGAGCUCAUUCGAAAUCCUCUGUUGGGAAUUACUCCACCUGGAGCCAUUUCAAGACGUGCCAUCUUGCGUAUCUGGGAUGCCUUUCACCGUCUGACAGGUGUCGAAACUUUAGACCUUGCAUGGUUGUCCAGAGAUCAUGGCGAUCCGCUUGCCGAUGGCUACUCCAACGGACUAUUUCCUGCGGCCAUCUCCAUUCGGCUCUCGGGUGUCAUGCACUACUCCUUCGCAGCCUCGAUCCUCUACAACAAUCCUGCGAAGCUCGAACACCUUGAGCUUGACAAUCUACAACAGGUGGGAAAAGGUUGCGAUCAUUUCCUUUACCGCCGAACCAAUCACCGACAAGACUAUCAGCAAAGACCUUCCGUUUGGAACAGCGAAAUCCGUCGGUACGGAAGCCUCCUCCCUUUCGGUUCUGCCGGUCCAAUGCAGAAUCUCCUGGGACCUCUCAUCGGCCGCUGCCCAAAUUUGAGAGCGUUGACAUUGCGUAAAGUCGGGCAGAGGUACCACACAGAAUUCCCCAUAGAAUCCCAAGCCAAGGACGAAGACUUAUACCACGAGUUUGCCCUCUUCAUCAAUUCGGUGAAGCAUACACUCCGGCAUGUCGUCUUUGAGCAAGGUGAACGAACGGGUCGACCUCCCCCUCCGGCUGCAGGCGAUUUAUGA